AUGCCCUUCGGUCUUCGUAACGCAGCUCAGACUUUUCAACGCAUCGUAGACUCUGUCACGAGAGAUCUCGACUUUGUUUAUCCUUAUAUAGACCACAUCUUAGUAGCCAGUUCUUCCGAAGAACAGCACGCGGAGCACCUCAAGAUGCUUUCCGAGAAGUUAGCCACUAAUAGCAUUACUGUCAACGCUGACAAAUGCAUCUUUCAGCAACCAUCUAUCGAAUUUCUUGGUCAUCGAAUUGACCAGCAUGGCAUACGACCGCUCGAAGACCGAGUCAGCGCUAUUAAGGACUUUCCCGUUCCGACUACUUUGGCCGCCAUCCGCCGUUUUAGUGGGAUGAUCAACUACUACCGUCGAUUUAUGGCACGUUGUGCCGACUUGCUCAGUCCAUUGACCGACUUACUUCGUGGACGCAAGAACGGCAACGUCGAGUUGAUGCCCGCUGCAACCGAAGCCUUCACGGCCUGCAAAGAGGCCUUGGCUGAAGCCGUUAUGCUUCACCAUUUCGACCCCACAGCUCCACUCAGCGUUGCAGUUGAUGCAUCGGACACCGCCAAUGGCGCCCUCCUGCAGCAAUCCACUGAGGGAUGUUGGAAACCACUCGCUUUCUACUCCCGACGCUUACAACCGGCAAAGGUCAAGUGCAGCGUGUUCAGCCGCGAACUGCUAGCAGUUUACUCUACCGUCCGACAUUUCAGGCACGUCUUAGAAGGUCAGAAUAACGUCGUUGCUGACGCUCUUUCGCGCGUCUCCGUAAUCCACACCGCUGGCCAGGCAAUCGACUUGUCAGCCAUGACUACCGCGCAACUAAACGACACUGACUGUCAGAAAGUGAAACAAGAUUCUUCGCUACGAAUCACACCGCAUCCACUGCCGUCAUCUGAUGGCACAAUCUUGUGCGGUACUUCUACUGGACGACCUCGACCAAUCGUUCCAAAAACCUUUCGACGUCUAGUUUUGGACACACUUCAUAACAUCGCUCAUCCAGGCAUCCGAGCCACGAUCAAGCUCAUAUCCGAGAGAUACGUUUAG